CGUUUUUUUCGAUUCGGUACGCGCGUGGUGCGUGCGCUGCAUCUGGUUCUUUCUGUCCGCUAGGGCGCUCGUCAGCCCAAAAAAGGCUUGGAAGAGCGAUCGCUGCUGCCAUCACACUGCGUGGCUAGAAGGAGGAGGUCGUCGUCGUCUCGUCUCUCCUCCUCUCUGAUCAUUCUCCAGCGCACGUUCACUAGGGCUUCCUGGGGGCGACGGUGGCUUCAUCCCGACCGCCAUCGCGCGCUGCAACCGAAGCCCUCCAAGGGAAGAUGGCCGACGUCGGGCUCAUUCUCUCUUCGCUGUCGACGGGCGCCCUUGGCUGGGAUGUAAUCUCGACGCUGCACCAUGACCUCGAUGCCGUCAUCACCGUCAUGACCUGCAACAGAACCAGCAUCAGGACCAAAAUCGACACCAGCACUAGCACCACCUCGCGCAUUGCUCUCUCGGCCUAUCGCACAGUCCCCACGCUUGCCUACCUUGCGUCACGGUACAUCAAUCUCGCCUGGCUCAUUCUUGUCGUCGUCGAGACGGAUGCUCGGCCCGAAGACGAUGCGGGCAAUGCGUGCAACCGACGCACGACUGCUUCGCUCCUCGUCUUUGCUCUCGCCCUCUGCUCCACCACGCUCGUCGUCAUCUUCAGCCUGGGGUGCGGUCUUGAACGCAGCAAGUUCCGGCACCGCGUCGUUGCCGGCCUUUGCCUUGCCUGGCUCCUCGUCCUCAUUUUCUCCCUCACCUUGCCAUGGAUGGUGGGUCCCACAACUGGAAGCAUCGGACAGUAUUGCGCCUGGUUCGGGGGGAGUGGCCUCUAUGCCAUUGGCCUCGUGGCGUCCCUCGUCAUCCUCGACGUCCUCGUCCUCGUUGUUCUCUUCUUCCUUGGAUCCAAGAGAAACAGAAAUAUCGUGGCUGCCACCGUUGCGGUGCAGCUCGGCUGCCUCGUGGCCGCAUGCAUAGUCUGUGCCACAACCGAAGAGGCCGUCUACAGGAUGUUGCCAGUCGCCGUCAUGCAGGCCACGACGACGAGCAUGGCAGGCAGGGCGUACCGGCGCAUUCAUCGUCGACCGAGCCUCUCGUCCGUCGCGCGUGCCAGCAUAGAUGCGGCGGGACAAGCCGAGGACGAGGAAGGGAAGCCUGCAACUGUUCUUGGAAGUGCACGUCCGCAUGGAUCAAGACCAAUGCCUCACCGAGACAGCUCAUCAGAGAAGACAGAUGAGAAGGAGAAGGAGACGGAGUCUUGUGACGACGUGAACGAUGCCAUACCCGAUGGCCAGCUGAACAGCAGCGCAGAUGCAAAUGUGGAAGAGGAGAGGGAGGAUCUCGUCAAGCCAUCGCGCUACUCGCGCCUCUGGAUCGACUCGAGGGCCGCAGCUGCCGCCGAGCGCUCAGGCAUCCGGUCCGCCCACGCCAGCACGUUUGCAUACAACAUUGCAUCGACAUCGAGCCUGGACGCCUCAUCGACCAGGUCGGCUUUCAAAUUUGUCGAGAGCCUGCCCCCGACAACGGCUGCAACGAUGAGCAGUAGCAGCAGUGGCAGCGUUAGCAACCCCAACAGCCGGCCACCGACAUUAGCGAGCAAGCGCAGCAUCUUGAGCCACGCAGAGGAAAGGCUGAUCAGCGCCGGCCUCGUCUUGCCAUCACCCUCCUCGACGGCAGCAAGGACACCGCUGCGGCUGUACGACGACCGCGGCUCACCCCGCUCCGUUGACACACCCGCCUCGUACCGUGGCUCUGCCAGGUCGCGCUCCUACCUCGCCUCACCCGCCCUGUAUGACAGCAGCCCGGAUCCGCGAAGCCAGAGCCACGCUGCGCUCGACGUCAAAGACGUCAUGAAGCGCGCCAACUUUUCGGCACUGAGAGCCGCGGCGUCGAAGCUGCCUCCUACCCCUCUUUCCCUGCCGUCUUCUGCAGGUGCCGCUCCACUCGCCUACAGCGGGCACGGCGACAGGCGAGCGAUGGAGGUCGAAGCGGCUCCCCGCCCGAGCGUGAGUCUUCCUGGAUCGCCACGGAGGGACAACGCCACGCCGUACAGCCGUCCGCGCUCGUCGCCAAGCAAGACCCACUCGGUGGUGCCGGCCCUGGGCUCGGAUGGGCAAGGAGCGGGAGCGGGAGCGGGCGACGAGGCAGAGGACGCUCUCUUUGCGUUCCGGCAGACGGUCGAAGAGGACUGCGUCCUGAGGUCGAAGACCUCGUGGGGGACCAUGCACACGGCCCACGAUGGACGCCUGGGCAGCAGCUCAGAGAGGCCCCGUACGGCCAGAGGAAGCAGCCGCAAGGGUACCGCAGACGAGCGGCCGGGGACGAGCAACGGAGCCGGCGGGAGUGGGCCAGGAACGUUUGGCGCGUUGCGCAGGGACCCUGGCAUUGACAAUGAUGUUGAAGUAGAGGACAUAGAAGUCGCGACUGGAUUGUCGCCGGUACGCAGAAAGUCGGCGGGGAACCUCAUUGAACGGAAGAAGUUGGACGAGCCGAGGACGGCGAGGUCCAGAAGCUCCUCUGUCCUCAACAGACACUUCAAGCAGCCGCAACAACAUGAACAGCAGCAGCAAUAACGGAUACGACAAAGCGGGCAGUAAGGCACAUCAAACCAUUUCAAUCCGAGCCCAAGCAUGCUCCCGUCUUCGACUGGGUCGAAGCAGCGAGCUCGAUGAAGACAUUCAUACCCUCAAACCCCGCACAUUGGACUUGGCCUGGUCCUCCUCAGACACUCGUUUUCCUUGGCGCACUGAAGCACACAUUCACUCACCCAUUUCUCGGGCAUUGCAAUAUCUUAUCUGUACCAUUUCUCUCUUUCUUCUCUAUAAGUAUGAGAGCUGGCCCCCUCGCUAGAGCGGUUGCCGAACGGCGAGAGAGCGACGUGCUAUUCGUCGUUUGAGAAGAGGAGCGAGAGACCUAGCCCGGCCAAGAGGAGGUACUUGAGCUUGGGAUAGUCGUUGAGCACGAUGGUCACAUAGCCCACGUAUGGCAUGUACCUUUGUCCCGCACUCUCUUUGUCAGUCCAGUGAGGCCAAGAAU